UGUCUCUGACGAAAGUGUUAUUGAGGGCUCCCUCGAGACAGACAACGAGGAAACCUUCCAUCUAGCCCCUACCACUGCUGGCUGGCUCUUUUGAAGUGGUAAUAUGGCUUCCCGUACUAGAAAUAGGUUUUGUCAGGUUGCAUGUGGAGUUCAGUGGACAUUCUUGUUCAUCAUUUGCCCGCGUGUAACCAAUACAUUUAUGAGGGCCCUGAAUGACACUUCUUCAACCCUUAGCCUCUUCUUCCCACUGCAACUGCAGCCCGCCCCUCAGCAGAGACUGAGCUUUUUGACUGUAUUACACACUCUUUUUCACCUUCUCAUUCCUUGCUUGCUAGAUUUGUCGUCCUCCCUUUUUUCGCGACUAUGAGUCGAGCACCGCCGUAUUCUCAAAUGCCAGGCUCUCCUGCGAGCUCAACGACUAAUCUUAUCCCUCCUUCUGCGCCUUCCAACCGACGUGGACCUCCCUCUGUAAGAAGCGUGGGUUCCACUAAUUCUCCAUACGAUGCUGCAACAGACCGCCGGCCUCCAUCUCUCAAACCCUCAGUAUCUGACAAGUUCUCUCUAUCUCCAGACCCUCGAGACUGGGGCGCCGCAGUGGCGUUGAACGUUCGCGAGCCGGACGACUAUCUUCAUAAUCCGGACCCCAAGCGUGACAGAAAGAACGAUAAAGGAGGGACGUUUCUUACUGCUCGAGGAUUUGCCAACCUGGGUUGUCUUGCGAUAUUAUUAGUUGUGUUGAUUGGUCUCUUCGCUGGAUACCCAAUCGCGUCGCAUUUUCUUAAGCAAACAGUAUCGACUAAUGGCGGAUUCAACCUAGGAGGUACUAAUGGUACCGGCCAGGUUCCUAGCAUGCCAGGAAACUGGGGGAUGAUAGACCUCGAAACACCUCAAGACGCUUACACUUAUUCGUCUUUUAACGACAAUUCUGAGAUGCAGCUCAUCUUCAGUGACGAGUUCAAUACCGAAGGCCGUACAUUCUAUCCAGGAGAUGAUCCCUACUGGGAAGCUGUGGAUCUCCAUUAUUGGCAGACGAACAACCUGGAGUGGUAUAGUCCCGAAGCCAUCACAACUAAGAAUGGCUCUCUACAAAUCACACUUUCAAAGCAAGUGACCCAUGAUCUGAAUUAUCAGGGUGGCAUGAUGUCGACAUGGAACAAAUUUUGUUUUACUGGAGGAUUGGUCUUAGCCAGCGUGAACUUGCCUGGAUCAAACAAUGUGCUUGGAUUAUGGCCUGCGAUUUGGACUAUGGGCAAUCUUGGAAGGGCCGGCUACGGCGCUAGCUUGGACGGCAUGUGGCCUUAUACAUACGACGCGUGUGAUGUUGGUACUGCUCCCAACCAAACCCUCAACGGUCUUCCGCUUGCCGCCACGGAGAAUGGGGAUCCUUCGAACGGUGAUGCUUUAUCCUAUUUGCCAGGACAGCGUCUCUCUAGAUGUACCUGCCCUGGCGAAUCGCAUCCUGGACCGAUUCACUCUGAUGGUAGUUACGUCGGACGGGCAGCGCCUGAGAUUGAUAUAUUCGAAGCUCAGGUAUCCAACAGCAAGGGAUUUGUAUCACAAUCCGGACAAUGGGCGCCCUUCAACCACGAGUAUGUCUGGUUGAACACCUCAGAUAACCUGAUCAUUCACAACUCGAGCGUCACCGCCCUCAACGCGUACCUUGGAGGGGCGUAUCAGCAGGCCACUUCUUGCAUAUCUCAAACGGCCCAGAGUUGCUACCAGCUCAAUGGGACGUGUUUUGCUACCUAUGGUCUGGAGUACAAACCAGGUUUUGACGAUGCUUACAUCACCUGGAUAAACAAUGGCCAGGCGGCUUGGACGUUGAACGUCGCUGGAGUCGGCGCGGAUAGUGAAGUGGAGAUAUCUGGUCGUCCAGUCCCCCAAGAGCCUUUGUACCUCCUCGCUAACCUUGGUAUUUCCGAAAAUUUCGGAUAUGUCGACCUAACCCAUCUGAAAUUCCCUGCCAUUAUGUCAAUUGACUAUAUCCGUGUGUACCAACGCUCGGACAGUAUCAACAUUGGGUGCGACCCGGAAGAUUUCCCAACAGCUGCAUAUAUCAAUGAAUAUAUGGAGGCCUAUACCAACCCCAAUCUUACGACAUGGGUCAAUGACUUCAAGCAGACAAUACCAAAGAGCAGUUUCCUCGGUCAAUGCUGACCGCUGUUUUCGUUGGCAAAUUUAGCCAUAAUUCCAUGAUUCAUUCUUAUCCUCAUACUUACUUUUCUCACUUGUAUACAUAUCGUUAGUUAAUUUUUUUUUGAAUUCGUGCGGAUUGAGAAGGUUCCCUUUUUUGUUUCUUGCUUCCACCCCUUGCUUGUAGCAUUCUAGUCAUCGAUAGUCAUACCGAUAAUGAACGCGAGUGUGAAAGAGUACCGGAAGCCUUUGAAACGACCGGAAGACGUAUGUAUUAGACUAUGUAGAAACCGCCCUAUUAGUAAAUGCCUCGAUAGUUUUGCUUUUCAAACCAAGCUGGUAUGCUGUGAAUAGGAGAG